CCCCCGGCUCCCAGGUUCACACAUUGGUUCCUGUUCCGGCUGUUACCACUAAAUACACCGGUUUUUCUUCCGGACACGUUAGUCUUGCAUCAGCAUCCAGCCACUCCGCACUGUGGACAUGUCGACCUCCGGAGAGCCAGCCUUUGAGUUCAGGUUCUUGCUACAGAUAAAUGAGGAGGCCGCCCUGGCAGUGGCCCUGAAUGACUACCUUACCUCACGCAGCUACCUCGCAGGGUUCAGCCCCUCCCAGGCCGACCAGAAAGCCUUUAAGCUCCUCCACAGGCCCCCAGAUCCACAACAUGUGCACGCUCUGCGCUGGUACAGACACAUAGCAGCCCUGCAGCAGGAUCUCAACCCUGAGAGCAGCAUGAAGGGAAAGCGGCUUCAGCCUUCUUGGUCUCCGCCAGCAGGAACAGACGUUCCACAACUACGGCUCUACAACAGCUUGACGAGAGCUAAGGACCUAUUUGUUCCCCAGAAAGGGAAUAAAGUGUCGUGGUACUGCUGUGGCCCCACGGUGUACGAUGCCUCACACAUGGGACACGCCAGAUCCUACAUAUCCUUUGAUAUCUUACGAAGGAUUCUAAGGGACUACUUCAAGUACGACGUCUUGUACUGCAUGAACAUCACUGACAUAGAUGAUAAGAUCAUUAAACGGGCCAGACAGAACUACCUUUUGGAUCAGUACAAGGAGAAGCAGCCACCAGUGGCUCAAAUCCUAGAGGAUGUCCUGAGGGCCAGAGAGCCCUUCCAGUCACAGCUGGCUUCAACGACAGACCCAGAUAAGAAGCAGAUGCUGGAAAGGCUGGAUGCGGCGGUCACUGCCGCUCUGCAGCCCCUGCAGACAGCAAUGCAGAGCAAGGCGACGGAUGAGGUCGUACAACCUCUGGCUGAGGUGCUUUUGGAGAAUUCCAAGGACCUGUUGUCUGACUGGUUGGACAAACAGUUUGGAAGCGGCGUCACAGAGAACUCGAUCUUUUCAACCCUCCCAAAAUACUGGGAGGCUGAGUAUCAUAAAGACAUGGAUGCCCUGAACGUUCUUCCCCCUGACGUCCUCACUCGGGUCAGCGAAUACGUUCCUGAGAUUGUGGAGUUUGUGAAGACAAUUGUGUUGAAUGGUUAUGGGUAUGAAUCAAACGGCUCUGUCUACUUUGACACCUCCAAGUUUGACGCCAGUUCAAAUCACUCGUACGCCAAACUGGUGCCAGAGGCAGUUGGAGAUCAGAAAGCGUUACAGGAGGGAGAAGGUGACCUGAGCAUCUCAGCAGACAGACUGAGUGAGAAGAAGUCCCAGAAUGACUUUGCUUUGUGGAAAGCCUCCAAGGCCGGAGAGCCUUCAUGGGACUCUCCAUGGGGGAAGGGAAGACCAGGCUGGCACAUCGAGUGCUCGGCCAUGGCCGGCUCCAUCUUGGGAGAGUCCAUGGACAUUCACGGCGGCGGCUUUGACUUGCGCUUCCCCCAUCAUGACAACGAGUUGGCUCAGUCUGAGGCGUUCUUUGAGAACGAUCACUGGGUCCGAUACUUCCUGCACACCGGACACCUCACGAUCGCAGGCUGCAAGAUGUCCAAGUCCUUGAAGAACUUCAUCACAAUUAAAGACGCUUUAGCCAAGAACACAGCACGUCAGCUCCGCUUGGCUUUCCUGAUGCAUUCCUGGAAAGAUACCCUGGACUACUCGUCUAACACAAUGGAGUCAGCCGUCCAGUAUGAGAAGUUCAUGAACGAGUUUUUCCUCAAUGUCAAAGACAUACUGCGUGCUCCUACCGAUCUCACCGGCCAGUUUGAGAAGUGGGAAGCUGAAGAGGUGGAGCUUAACAACAGUUUCUUUGAGCGGAAGGCAGCCGUCCAUGAGGCUCUGUGCGACAACAUUGACACUCGCACGGCCUUGGAGGAGAUGAGAGUGCUGGUUGGUCACAGCAACAGCUACAUCGGCAGCAGGAAGAGCCUGAAGCUGAGGCCCAACCGCAUGCUGCUGCAGGGCAUCGCUGUGUAUCUGACCGGCAUGAUGAAGGUGUUUGGGGCCAUUGAAGGAUUGGAGCCCAUAGGAUUUCCCAUGGGAGGACAAGGUCAGACUGUUGAUUUGGAGUCCACGGUGAUGCCAUACCUCACGGUCCUGUCCGAUUUCAGAGAGGGAGUCCGCAAAAUCGCCAGAGAGAAGAAAGUGACAGAGUUGCUGCAGCUCUGUGAUUUGGUCCGUGAUGAUACGUUACCAGAACUGGGAGUCCGGCUGGAAGAUCAUGAAGGUCUGCCCACUGUGGUCAAACUGGUGGACAAGGAAACGUUAUUGAAGGAGAGGGAAGAGAAAAAGAAGAUGGAGGAGGAGAAGAAGAGAAAGAAGGAGGAGGCAGCGAUAAAGAAGAAGGAACAAGAGAUGGCAAAACUCGCGAAAAUGAAGACGCCUCCAUGUGAAAUGUUUCGGGCAGAAAACGACAAAUACUCCAAAUUCGAUGAAACGGGUUUCCCCACUCAUGACGCUGAAGGGAAGGAGCUCAGCAAAGGUCAAGCCAAGAAGCUCCGUAAGCUCUACGAGGCCCAGGAGAAACUACACAACGAGUAUCUCCAGAUGAAUCAAAACGGCAACUGAUUUGUUCGCAGCCUCUCCAAACCCUCCACUUUACAGAAUAAAUGUUAAGGCCACAGAUGCUGGUUCAUCAUUUGUCUCCUGCUAAUCUGCUUUUUGUCAGAGAACAAUAUGGAUUAAAGCAUUUAAAAUUUAGGGAUGGUUAAAGUUGACCAUGUGGAGGGGAAACUCAGCGUCUCCACAUAAAGUGAAUGAACUCAACGCUGCCUGUUGGUUCAGUCAGGUUUUAGUGUAGGAUCCAUUACUUUUACUAUAGGAUUUUAGUCUCAUUUAUAUAAGACGAGUCUGUCCUGCUUCAGCAGACAUUUUCUAGUCCCUGAACUGUACAGGACGGGUGCAGACCACGUGUUUAAAGGUGCUGAAUUCAGUGUUUAGUCAGUUUUAGGAGCUGCUUAGUUUCUGGCCAACCACAGCAGGGAACACGUGUGAUGAAGGUGCUGUAGUGAACGGAGCUGGAUGAAGUCCUUCCCACAUUACAGACACAUUGUGGGGCCUCGGACCCGUUUUAUUACACUAAAAGGAAAAUAAUAUGGGACCUUUUAAAAAAUCUUUCGUGUUUUUAUGAUGGUUGUGUGGAAGUGUCUGCACUUUCUUUCCUUAGCAAUCGGUUUUAUAGGAAUUGUUUUAAAAACCUUUAAGCCCCAAUUCUUAAUUUUCAUUAUUUAUUAAUCUGCCUGUAAUUUUUGUCUUAUUUCUAUCAACGACACUUGGGUUUUCUCUCAUUUCCGGUUUAGAGAUGCAUGAGAACCUCAGAUCAGCUUGCGUAAAUCUGUUGAAGGAUGAAGUGACCACAGAGCCCAUCUGUGUGUGAACUCUUUGUACUGCCAUCAUUUCAACCUCUGUGAGAUCAUUUUUUUUAUGAUUGUCAGUUCUUGUAGAAAUGAAAUGAGCAUCAAAAUAAAAGGCAUCAUUGCAUUUUUAUAAAAGUCA